AUGUCCUCCUCCAAGUUUGUCAGCGCCCCUCUGGUUGCUGCCAAGGGUUUUGGCGACUUCGAGGGCCUGAAGGUCAACAGCGUUGCCACCUUUGGCAAGAAGUCUGAUGACUUCGUUGUGCGUGUCGGAGCGCAGACCUCUGUGGCUUCUAGCAGCGCCAAGCGGGCGGUUGCUGAGGCCAAGAUCAAGGUUGCCAUCAAUGGCUUUGGCCGUAUCGGUCGCAACUUCAUCCGCUGCUGGCACGGCAGGAAGGACUCCCCGCUCGACGUCGUCGUCAUCAACGACAGUGGCGGAGUGAAGCAGGCGUCCCACCUGCUGAAGUACGACUCUAUGCUCGGCACAUUCGGUGCCGAUGUCAAGAUCGUCUCCGACAAGGCCAUUUCCGUCGAUGGGAAGGAGAUUGCCAUCGUCUCUGACCGCAACCCCGCGAACCUCCCCUGGGCGGAACUCGGCGUUGACCUCGUCAUCGAGGGUACCGGUGUUUUCAUUGACAACGAGGGUGCUGGUAAGCACAUCAAGGCUGGGGCCAAGAAGGUGCUUAUCACUGCUCCUGGAAAGGGAGACAUCCCUACCUACGUGGUGGGAGUGAACGCUGACCAGUACAAGCACAGCGACGUUAUCAUCUCCAACGCUUCCUGCACCACCAACUGCCUUGCUCCUUUCGUCAAGGUCCUUGAGGAGAAAUUUGGCAUCGUUAAGGGCACCAUGACCACCACCCACUCCUACACUGGUGACCAGCGCCUUCUGGAUGCCUCUCACAGGGAUCUGCGUCGUGCUCGCGCUGCUGCGCUCAACAUUGUGCCCACCUCUACUGGUGCUGCGAAGGCUGUCGCCCUUGUCCUCCCCAAGUUGAAGGGCAAGCUGAACGGGAUUGCGCUUCGUGUGCCUACCCCGAACGUCUCCAUUGUCGACCUUGUCAUUCAAACCGAGAAGAAGACUUUUGCGGAAGAGGUGAACGCUGCUUUCCGCGAGGCUGCCAACGGUCCCCUGAAGGGCGUCUUGGCUGUCUGCGAUGAGCCGCUUGUGUCGGUCGACUUCAGGUGCAGUGAUGUGUCCUCCACCAUCGACUCCUCCCUGACCAUGGUCAUGGGUGACGAUAUGGUGAAGGUUGUCGCAUGGUACGAUAACGAGUGGGGCUACUCCCAGCGUGUGGUGGAUCUUGCCAACCUUGUUGCCGAGAAAUGGGAGUAG